CUUGACGCUUGAUUGAUUUUACAUUUAUUUUUAAUUUUGAUGAUGAUGAUGAUGAUGAUGAUGAUGAUGAUGAUGAUGUAGGUUCAUGGGCUUUAUUUGAGUGCAUGUUUAGUGAUAUCUAAGGUUUUGGGUGCGGCUGUACGGAAACAUGUCUACUCUUUUGACCAAACCUGGGUAACUCAUCUUCGGCAGAAGAUGAAAUUCUUUUCAGGCGGAGGUUCCUGAGAGGAGGAAAUCAUCAUUCCUACCCGAAUCCGAGGGACCUGAUGUAUACUCAUGGGUCACAUCAUGUGCUCCUGAUCAUGAUGCAGAAUGUGUCACUGAGAUAUUAGUUAGAGGGUUUUGCAGGGGCUCGAUGAUGCCCGUGCUACCAGAAAAUGAACAAAUAUGCAUUGACCUCAUCCUCUCAGAGUACAAUCCUUUCAAGCUUAUGAAGGAUGGAAAGCUGGUGGCUUACCCAUGGGACAUGCCUCCUCCUUAUCCAACAAAUUCGGCAAUUCUCUCAUCUUCGUUGUCUUCUUCGCCGUUCUCACAUAUUCAUGCACUCCUUCCUUUGAAGAAGAGUGAGCCCUUGAAUCUCUCCGAGUCCCUGCGCAGUUACUUUGUCCUCAAAUACUCUGAGAGCAUGGCAAAGAGAGUAGAAGGCCUUGUCGCAAUGGUACACAAAUUGCACAAUCAGAUGCUGCGUGAUGACCUUUCUCUGCCCUUUCGCCGUGACUGCCUCAUCCGUUAUUUCAAAUGCCUUUGCAUGAUUGAGCCUUUCUUUCCUAUGAAUGGCUCACCCAACCCACCUAUCUUUGUUUGGUACAAUGCAAUUGACCCGCAACAGGACUCUUCUCAACAUAACAUCCAUUUGGAGAAGGCCUCUGUUCUCUUCAACCUGGUAGCCCUCUGCACCCACAUUGCUCUCUCCUGCGAUCUCACCACCAACCAUGGCCAUCGCCUUGCCAUGGAUGCUUUAACUUGGAUCUUUCGACUGUGGUUGAAUUCUAACAAUGUAUCUGGCACGUUUGACUUGUCCCAACAAUACACCAGUAUGAUAAACAAUGAGAUUGACAAGUUGAAAUUGAAGUUUUGUCAUCCCCAAUCUGAUGUAUCAUCAUUAGCUGGAUACCCUGCUUCAACUUAUGAUCCAUCGAGUGAUGUCACCGAACAGAUUCUUUUAGGGUAUUGGAAGGCUCACUCCCUGCUUGGAGUGUUUUGUGAAGCACCAUGCUUGGACCUUCUCUCUGAGGUUAGCCCUGUCAAGAUUAAGGAUGGAAAUCUUGUGGCCAAUGCAACCUGGGAGGCACCAAAUUUGGCAUUGGAGAACAUGAGCUUGCAGGAGACACAACAUUAACAUUCCCGUUGAGAAAAACUAAACAAGCUUUAGAAAUGAACUUUUUUACUUAUUUUUAAGUGGAUGUUGGAACUUUGUUUGUUGAUGCUAGAACUCUUCUUAUGAAAUAUUAUCCUAGAACUCUUCUUAUGAAAUAUUAUCCUCGUGAUUUUGUUGGUUGAUGUAUGAAUAUAUUCCUUUUUAUUCAUCACCAAAGCAGCGAUUUGAAUGCC